UCGCACUCUGUACGAGUACCACAUUGAGCACAACGACCUGCGGGGUGUCCAACGCGUACACGGUGGCUGCUUCAGGAGGACAAUGACAGUUACUGUAUUUGACAUGUCAUCCAGCUGAUGGACAGGUGUAGCUGCAAUGCAGAUACCCGAAGGAUCGCAAGACCACGUUUCAAAUGGCCAAGGCGUCACAAAUGGGCACGUCCAUGGAAGUGGAACGACCGCACGAUACAAAGGCGGCGGCAGCGGACGAGGUUCCGAGUCGGACUCCGACUGUCCUGAACUAAAGGCCGGCUCAACAGGGCGAACUUGCACGCCAGAAGACAGAGAUUCUGUGAGCAGUAUGCUCUCUUCGCAGCCGCCGUCCGUGUCGAAGAAAAUGUCGCAUAAGAAGUCCGUUACUCACGAUUACAAGGUUGAGGAGCUUCGGAAUGAGAUCAGAGACUUGGAACGAAGGCUCAAGAACACAGAGUACGAGAACCAAACUCUGAAAAGGAUUCAAGUUCGCCAUGAGCGCGAACUACUGAAAGCAGAGUCAUCUCGGCACGACGAUGUCUACCUUAAUAAGCCAUACGUGGAAGAAGUGCGGGCGCUCAGGAGGCUCCUGUCAGAGAGCAAGGAUAAGCACAGGGAUUACGAAAAAAGGCUUCAGCAACGACACGCUGAGUUGCAGCGACUAAAGCUACAGCUGAGCAAAAUUCACCAGGCGGUCCAGGAACGUGAUGCACUAUUGGAGAAAGAAGAAGCAUCACUCAAGAAAAUUGGCAUGUUAGAAACGGAACUUCGUCACCAAGAAACAGAGGUGGAGGAGUUAAGGCGCAAGCUAGAUCUGACAGAAAAGGCUCACAAAGACGAACUGGAAGAAGAAAAGUCAAACAGCCGAGAAAUACAGAAGAAGUUGGUGGAACUCCGCAAUCUACAUCACGAACUUCACGAUAAAAUGAAGAGCGCGAUGUACCAGAACGGAAACCUUCGGAAGGGAAUGACGCUGAAUGGCAAGGAGCCGAAAGACGCGUUCAACUCCUAUGUCAUGAGCCUCGACCAGGAAAGGAAAGAGCGGCUCCUCGCGAAGCUUCGAGAAAUCGACUUGAACGGUCAGUCGGACACCAUUCACUGCGAGAGAAUUCGCAGCCCACGGCGGCACUCCAUGGAGUCCGCCCAUCUGUACGGUCCCAGGACAAAGUCCCCCGUACGAAGAGCCAGCAGAGGAACGUACAACUUUUUUGAAGGAGCAAGCACGUCAAACCCGGCGACGUCUUCCUCAGGAGGCCUUGGUAGACGUACCAUGAGUGACACAUUUCCCCGGUCCAGCUCGCGUCGGAAGUCUUUUCUAGAGAAUCUCCAAGAGAUCGACGCAGCGGAACUGGCCCCGGCGUAUCGGAAACACAGUAUGGCCGACAUUUUCGGCAGCAGCAACCUGAGGCCCGAGAAGACGUCGAAGUCGAGUGGUGGUUCAGGGUCCAUUUUAGCGGGCGAUAGCAUCUUCCCGGAGCUGAGCAAUUCUUCGAAGAAGUCGUCUUCACAGAGCUUAUUUCCGUGGGAGCAAAAAACAAACUUUUAGGCAACGCAAUAAACAAAAGAGGGUAUCUUGCUACGAGAAACCUAAC